UGUUCCUGAAAAAUGUGAUCUUCCCCGUACCACUAAAUGAUCAUCAACAAUUCACCAGGCUUUACUUUCAGAUAUACGUCUAAAUUCAAAGCGAUGUGUACGCAUAAAUAGGCAGACCUCCAAAGCAAGUUUCUUUCGGCCCAUCCAGCUCAAAUUAGACCUUGUUUGGACAGCAUCAUGAGGGUCCUUCUAGGCGCCGAAAGCUUUCUGAAUGUCUGUAAGCUCCGGGUACGAUGGCACAGCAAGGGGAAGUCUUAUCUGCCACCGAAGGAUCUAUACGAUAUGGCGAAGAAAGCCAUCGAAGACCACCAACAGACGAUUUCCGCGCGCUUAAGACCACGCAAGGCAAAAAAAUCGCAAACUGCUGUUUUGGAAAUUUUUUGUCGAGCAUUAACAUCUCCUGGUGACGGUGUCAGGUGGAAAGCCGAUAGUCCCAAGGGUCAGAAACCGUCCGUUGCAGACAAACAGAAAUUUAACAAAAGUCUGGGCUGCAUAAACCUUAUUGUGAACGAGAACUCCCAUCCGAAAUCUGGAAGCCAAUCAGAACCGCAUAAAACUAAACUGGAAACACCUGAGGUUUUCAAAUGUAAGAACUGUUCGGAAAACAGGUCUGUAGGAGCACGAGACCUUUCCAAUAUGAUAAUUGCAAACUGUAAGGAUUGCGAUGCAGAUGGCCGUCUGCCAUCUUUAGAGGCAGUCCUGGGCACGGCGAUGCCGGCUCAACAAGAAAGUAAUGACAAACAACAAAUCAGCGUUAGAAGCGAACUUUCGGCGUCUUCUAGUCCCCGGGUUAGCAAAUCGAUGUCCCCAAAACAAGAUGCAGUGGCCCCACUAAGGCCCCAAGAAUCCCCAAGUCUUUCUCCUCUCGCCGAAAGGUUUGCCAUGCCACAAAAAUGGGCAUUUCCUUUGGGAAGAAAUCCUUGUAUAGACGGAAAAGGAGACGAAAAAGCGAAAUGCCCCGAACCCCAAGGAGAACGCAAACCCCCGGCUAAAUCAAAUCCGCCGCAGGGGAAAUCUUCGACUAAAUCGAAAGCUCGAGUUCAUCCUCCGAAAUCGAAUGUCAGUUCAUCAUCUCCAGUGAUGCCAAAGAAAAGCCCACAGCCAAACAACCCACCAUCGGAGAAGGUACCGCCAGCUCCUGGAGUUGGGUUUUCCGUGCCGCUGGACUCAGCUUUUCCUCCGGGAAGAAACCCCUGUACAGACGGGGAAAAAGCUGGGAAGAAAUCUAAGUGUGCAGCAUCAAAACCUGAACCAAAAAAAAGUACAAGUGUGAACAGCUCCAGAGAAAGGGAAGAACAGAAAGCUUCUGUUAAUCAUGAGCGGCAGCAAGAAAAGAAAGCAGAAAUUUCCCCAAAAGAAUCAUCUUUUUCAAGUGGUUCCUCCAAACUUAACCCUGGACCCCCAGCCAGUGUCGAACCCGAGGCAAAACCUACAAAACAAAAAUCAUCUAGACAAGGUGUAAUUAAUCCUGAGCCACUCGGUUCUUCGGUUAAUGCGAAUGCUUCUCGAAAACCAACUCACAAGCCAAAAUCGCAAUCCGCGGAAGGAAAACUACCAACCCUGCCGUCCUCCAGUUUUUCUAUGCCGAUUCUUUCAGCCUUUCCAAUGGGGAGAAAUCCUUGCCGAGAUGGGCCAAGGGGAGCAUCCGACAAGGAGCGUCAAAAACAUAAAAAUAGUCCCUGCGGUCUAGCGAAAGUCAAGUCAUGCCAGUCCGAAACAGAUUCCUGUGCUUCAAGAAAGAAAACUUCAGGUGCCGCCGGCUGCCGUAGUAAAGCUUCUCUGCACAAAAAGGAUGCAGCUGGCAUGGGCUCACCUCAAGAAAAUGUGAAGCCUGCAGAUUCCCUGAAAUCCACUCCACUAGCGCCGAAGGCUUCUUCACAGGAGGUUUCGCCUCCCCCGCCAGCCGCAAAAACUGAACAGUCUUCCGUUCCAGUGGAUAAAGAAACAAUUACUUCCAAAGAUCUAAGCCCCCCAGCUCCGAAGGCUCCUUCCCCACCUCCUGCUAAGGAAAUCAAGAAACCUUUUGGUCAUGCACCGGCUAAAUCUCCUUCAAAGCCACAAUCUGUAAGGAAGAACACUGGAACAGAAUGUGGCGCAGUGAAAAACGUUUCACCGAGAUGUAAUAAAACGAAGUCUCAAAAAGAUACAAGGAAAUGUUCGGAAUUGGAAAGUCCAAGGAGCAGCGAGUCCAGGGAUUCGAAUGUAAAGCCCGAACUAAAGAGGUUUCCGGCUCUUCCUCUAAAACAAAGCCUCGCCAGUUAUAUCAGCAGUAUUGAACCGCUUCUCACCGAGGAGGAGUUCAAGGAGGAGCAGAAGAUUGCCAAGAAGUUUGCGGAGAACGAAGGCGCGCAACUCCAGGAGCUGCUGGAGGAAGAGGCCGAACGUUGCAGCAAUUGGCUGACUCCAAGGUGGACUCGCUCCGCCUACUUGACCUAUCAGGCUCCGCUGACCGUCUUCUCCAGCCCGGGUCUCUCCUUUCCCAUCCAAGAGUUCACGGAACCCAACCAAUUUCUUAACUUCACUGCCAAGGCGAUCCACGCCAUUUGCGAAUUCAAAAAGCUGGUGGACCAGGACCAAAUUCCAGUGGUCAAGAUGGGCAAAAACCAUCUGGACAACAGCCAGUUCUGCAAAAUUUUCGGUACGGUUCGCAAGCCUGGCCGGUUUUGCGAUACCAUUGAGCAGAACAGAGACGCCGACUAUGUUGUGGUGGUCUAUAAUAACAAUUACUAUAAGUUGCCCGUUUAUUCCGAAAGUGGACAGCUGUUGCAUGUUCAUAGCUUGACAGAUGCACUGGAGAAGAUUUACAACUGUCCUAUAGACAGGGGCGAGCCUUUUGGCCUGCUCACCCACGACAAUAGAAGCAACUGGGCAGAGGCCUAUACGGCACUUUGUUGUCCGCAUGGAAACGCAGACUCCGUGGAGACCAUAGAGCAAUCCCUUUUCUUGGUCUGCCUGGACAGGUGUGUGCCGAUUUCCAAGGGAAAGGAGAGGAUUGUGCAGGCCCACCAGCUGCUCCACGGCGGUGGACUGCUCCAGAACAGCUCAAAUCGGUGGAUGGACAAGACCAUCCAGCUGAUAGUGAACCCAAACGGGUUGGCUGGAUUCUGCUAUGAACACUCUCCCGCCGACUGCCAGCCCCUGGCGAUGCUGAUGGACUUUGUGCAGCAGAAAGUGAACGAGGAGAACUACGGAUGCGACAGCUGUGACUCUGACAGGGACAUCCCGUUCACCCUGCUUAAAUUUCAGCCUGUGAACGAGUGCAUUAAUUUGUGGCUGUGUCAGGCAAUGCGCAAUAUCCAAAGGAUAGCCUCUCAGCUGCAGUUGAAUGUGUUCCAAUUCGAGUGCCACGGAAAGUGCUUCAUCAAGGCGCAGGGCCUGAAUCCGGACAGCUACAUCCAGAUGGCCUUAAGUCUGGCCUACCACUCCAUGCACAAGAAAAUACCCGCCCAGUACGAGUCGGCGCACUUGAGAAUUUUCCGCGAGGGGCGCACCGAAACCAUACGAUCCACCUCCAACAAAUCGAAGGCCUUUGUCCUGGCCAUGGAGUCGAACACGGCAUCCAGCAACGAGAAAUUGGCAGCCCUGCAAAGCGCGGUGGAUGCUCACGAGAAGUUGAUAAAGGAAGCUAUCAGUGGACAGGGCAUCGACCGCCACCUCUUUGGCCUGCAGCAGAUGGCCCUGGAAAACGAUCUGCCACUGCCUGAAUUCUUCCUGUCAAAGGGCUUUGUCAGAUCGGUAACCUUUCAGCUCUUCACCUCUCAGGUGGCCACGUCCCAUGACGGCUUCAUGGCGUUCGGACCCCUUCUGUCAGACGGAUAUGGGGUCUGCUACAAUCCCCAGGAAGAGAAGAUACGCUUCGCCAUCUCCGCUUGGAAGACUUGUCCAGAAAUAAGCCCGGCUAAGUUUGCAAAGGCCAUCAAAAGCUCCCUGAACGCUAUGAGAAGGCUGGUCCUGGAAACGGGAGGCGAUUGUGUGGGCCAAAAUCCGUGCAAGUGCGAAAAAAUUCGAUUCUAGAAGGCUAACCCUCUUGUGUUUCCUUUCUUACAAGGCAAAUACAUACUUGUUAUAUUUCAGAUGCA